AUGACCCUCAACAUGAGGGACCUUGUCCGAAAAGUACAGAAGCUCAGUCAGCUAGGAAUUGAGGAUAAUCAGAUUGCCCUUCCAAAAGUGUGCGUUGUUGGUGACCAAAGCACCGGGAAAAGCUCGUUGAUUGAAGCAAUCUCUGAGAUCCGCGUUCCCCGAAGUGCUGGCACCUGUACACGCUGUCCAAUGGAGAUCGUUCUACGGGAGAGCGAGCCUGGUCAACCUUGGAAAUGCACCAUCUCCUUAGUCCGUUGGUAUCUCUAUGAUCGGCAGAAGACAUUGAGGUCCAUGCUCCCAAAAACGGAGAGGGCAGAGUAUCUCGGCCCCUGGCUCCGAAGGAAUCAUCUGGAUGAGGAGGAGUUCGUCACGUUAACAGACAGAUCGAACGUGCAGGAGGCCAUCUGGCGGGCCCAACUGGCCAUUCUGAAUCCCAACUCGGACUCACAGGAAUAUGUACCGGGAAGGGACACCCCGAAUACCAUGGAGGUGAAGUUCUCACCGAACAUUGUACGAUUGGACAUAUCCGCGCCUGACUUUCCUAAUUUGUCGUUUUAUGAUCUUCCCGGUGUCAUUAACCAGGCAGAUAACGAUAGUGAGAAGUAUCUUGUGAAUCUGGUUCAGAAACUCGUCCGGCAAUACAUAUCACAAGAGAACUGCAUAGUACUAUUGACCCUCUCGAUGACGGAUGAUGGAGCAAACUCGAGCGCUGCUGGACUCAUUGGGAAUGUGAAAGGCGCCAAGGACCGCACCCUUGGUGUGCUGACGAAGCCUGACCGGCUUGCCAUCACAGAUGAUUCGUAUCAACAAUGGGCUGAGAUUUUGGAUGGUCGAAAGUUUCCUGUUGGCCACGGUUACUUUGUCGUGCGUAACAACCCAAGCGCUGAGGUUGAUCAUUCCAUUGCCCGACAAGAGGAGGAGCAGUUCUUCGGCCAACCGUUUUGGUCAGGCGUUAUGGCCGCAUACCAGGAUCGCUUUGGUGUGCGGAAGCUUCAGUUCGCCCUUUCUGAUGUCUUGAUGGCACAGAUUCAGAAGUGCCUGCCUUCGAUCAUCAAGCAGAUCAACGAGAAGGCAGCUCGCAUCGACGAAGAAUUGAGGACGUUGCCUGAUCCUCCGGCGGACAAUGUUCAGCGAAUACUGAUCGAAAAGGUACUCACGUUAGGCCUGCGCUUUAAGGGAAUGUUCGGUGACGGACCCGGACCUGAGAGCAGGAUGCUUCAGCAGUCCUGGAACAACCUGGUUCUGGACUUCCAGAAGGCAUUGGAAAAAACCCAGCCGCGACUCCGUCUUGGGGCGAUUUCCGAUUCUCAUCAAAUGAGAGAAAGGUUAGAUUUCGACUUGGAAAUGGGAAUUCCAAGCACACCCCGGGGAAAAAGGAAGGCAGCGGCCGUGGAGGAACCUGGCUCUAAAUCAAGGCUUAGCGUGGAGCCGCAAGCCCAGCAGCCUGCGACGCCAAUACCUAAAAAAGUGUUCUUGACCAACCAUUUUUCGCGGUGGGAAUCUGCGCGCAGGUUUGAGUUGGAAGAAAUUCGCAAAAUUAAGCAAGAAUGUCAACGUGCCGGAAUUCCGAACCAGAUUGAGCCCAGUGCGAUUCAGACUCUGAAUCGGGAAAUGGUCAUGCAUUGGGGCGAGAUCGCAACAGACUUUGUUCAUGCCUUGCAUCGUGUGGUUCAAAAGGCCAUCAUCAUGACAUUGGACGAUGUGAUUGCGGAAUAUCACCAAACCGGUCUUUAUCGUGAGCUCCAAAAGCUCAUCAGUGAGUUCUUGGAGUGCAUCAAUGCACAAUUUGCCGAAGAUGUGUCUGCUUAUUUUGAAAUGGAGCGUGGCAACACGCUCACGAUGGCCCAAAUGGAACAUAAGGAGCGUACAACUCGCUCCUUGAAGCUCCUUAUAGAGCGCCGUGAGAUCGCACGAGCCAAGUGUUGGCUUAGACUCCGUGGUCGUCCCGAUGACGAUCACACCAAAAUUACUUCGUCGGAGCUUGGGCCCGACCCUUUUUCUCAAGAAAUCGAGAUGAUGGCAAAUUCCCGUGGCUACUAUGAAAUUGCACGUAUGCGCUUCACUGACAUGGUGUGCCUUUUCGCGGAGUCAAAAGUCAAAUGGAUGUGUAGGGAUCAGCUUCAGCUGACUCUCGAGGCUCAAUUGAAAGCUGCGAACCCGGACAGAUGCAGCGAAUUGAUGGCAGAGGAUCCCGAGCGGGAAGCCCGGCGAAGCGACCUCUCUAAGCAAAGGAGGAAACUGAGCCAGGCCCAGGAAUGGCUGGCUGCUGUCUACAAUGUGGACGAAGAGGAGCCACUUGAGGCUCCGUCCGACGCCACCAUGGGUGAUUAUGAGGGCAUGGGCGAUGGGCUCCAUGACUGGGAUGACAGUUUCUUGUAA